AUGACAGGCCUAAGCUUAUCAGAUAUCCUGAAAACAGAAUCCCUGAACUUGGAUCCCUACGAGGAUAUCUACAAAUAUUUCCAUGCGCAUCCCGAACUUUCCCGACAAGAGAAAUCUACAUCGGGAAAGCUCGCGGCGCAUUUGGCCCAACUGAAAGUAUUCGAGCUACACACCAAAAUCGGAGGCUACGGCCUCGCGGGUGUAUUUCAAAAUGGUGAGGGCAAGACUGUGCUUCUACGAGCAGACAUGGAUGCCCUUCCUGUCAAGGAGCUGACUGGGCUCCCCUAUGCAAGCUCUUUCACCAUGCCCGAUGCCGAUGGGGAUGAAAAGCCAGUGAUGCAUGCCUGUGGCCAUGAUAUGCACAUUACGUGUCUUCUCGCCGCAGCGGAGACGCUUGUCAAGAUGCGGGACUCUUGGACCGGGACUUUGAUCGUGCUGUUUCAACCGGACGAAGAGCGAGGUGGGGGCGCGCAGGCGAUGGUGGAUGAUGGCCUUUACUCCAAGAUCCCCGUUCCAGAUUAUUGCCUUGGUCAACAUGUCAUGAGAAUGCGAGCAGGAAGCGUUGGUUCGCGCCCUGGAGCAAUCAUGGCUGCAGCCGACAGUAUGAAGAUCACAGUUUUUGGACGUGGUGGACAUGGAUCUCAGCCUCAUCAGACAGUGGAUCCAGUACUUCUUGCUGCCCAUAUUGUUAUUCGGCUUCAAAGCAUCGUGAGCAGAGAGAUCAACCCAAGCGACCUCGCCGUCUUGACCGUGGGAAGUCUCCAGGCAGGACAGACAGAGAACAUCAUUACCGACAGGGCCGAGAUCGGCGUGGACUUUCGGUCUGUCAAGCUGGAGAUUCGGGAACAAAUUAUCUCUGCCAUCAAGCGCAUCGUCGAGGCCGAGUGCGUAGCGAGUGGCUCGCCCAAGCCCCCGGUGUUCACUCCGACAAGACGCUUCCCACCUACGCUGAACGACAAAGAUGCUGCGUCUCAGGUUGCUGCCACCUUCGCAACUCACUUUGAAGACUUUGAUGAUGACAUACCAAGAACCAAUGUUAGCGAAGAUUUCUCUACGUUAGCCACCUGCAGAGGGAUUCCUAGCUGUUUCUGGCUCCUGGGAGGUAUUGAUCCUGAGUUUUGGGACAAGGCAGAGGCAGAAGCUCGCACGGAAGAGAUCCCGGGGAACCACUCGGCCCUUUUCGCCCCCGUCAUUCAGCCAACGAUGAGAGCUGGGGUGGAUGCACUGUGUCUAGCUGCCUUGACUUUCUUGAAGUAG